AUGAUCAGGAAAUAUACACUAAAAAAUAAAAUAUAUAACCAAUAUAUUGAUAGUUAUGAAUGCAAUAGUAAUGCAAAUUAUUUUCAAUCUACGGAUAAUGGACGCGAAAUUAUUAAUUUAAAACAAAAAUUAAAAAAUGCAAUCGACAGAAAUACUAUAUUUUGUAGCUUUGAGCUUAUUCGUACAAAAAAUUAUAAUGUUUAUAAACGCAUUUUUAUAGAAAUGAAUAAAUAUCAUCCACUCUUUUAUUCUUUAACAUGGCAUAUGUCAAAGAAAGUGGAAGAUUAUUUGUCUUUAGAUAUAUUUAAUACACUUCCAAGUAAUACACUUGUACAUCUUGUAGCUAAUGCUUUAACUGUUACUGAAGUCCAAAUUAUAUUAAAGAAAGCAUUGGAUUGUGGCAUAUAUAAUAUUUUUGUUUUAAGGGGUGAUUCAACAAAAUUAAAUGCUGAAUUUCCUCAUGCAAUUGAUUUAAUUCGUUUUAUAAAAAAUCAGUUUGGCGACAUAUUUUGUAUAUGUGUUGCUGGUUAUCCAGAAAUGCAUCCAGAAUCACCAUCUAAAGAAAUGGAUUUGAUUUAUUUGAAAGAAAAAGUUGAUGCAGGUGCAGAUUUUAUAAUAACACAAAUUGUUUUUGAAGCAAAUAUAUUCAUUAAAUUUGUGAAUGACUGUAGAGAAAUUGGAAUCAAUGUUCCAAUCAUUCCAGGUAUUUUUCCAAUAGUAAAUUACACAUGUAUGAAAAACAUACUUAACAUGUGUAAUGUUAAAAUACCUCGAAUUAUUUUAAAUACUUUAAAAGAAAUUAAAAAUGAUGAUGAAAAAGUGCGUAGAUAUGGAAUAGAAUUAUCUAUAAAUAUUAUAAAAGACAUUAUUUUAAGCAAAACUACUUGUGGAUUUCAUUUUUUCACAUUAAAUAAACUAUCAUCGUUAUUGGAAAUAUGUAAUAAACUUGAUAUUUUUCGCUGA